AUGCUUCGUUAUAUAAUCCUAUUUAGUUUCGUACUAUGUCUUGAUAAAGCUCAUGCUACAUCGCAAACUACAGAUUUCUAUACAUUUGCACUUCUAUCUGAUAUUCAUAUUGGUGAUACAGGCGCGAAUGCAUUAGGCAGAGCACGUUCAGCAGUAACUAAAAUCAAUCAACUUGCAGCAAACGUAUCAACAAAUUUACAAGCUGUUUUUAUUACAGGCGAUUUAACUAAUACAGCUUUGCCUUCUCAAUUUGAAACAGUUCGUGAUGUUUUAAAUAAUCUAACCGUACCAUAUUAUCCAAUAAUCGGCAAUCAUGAUCAAUGGUUAUAUAAUUCAACAUGGGAAGAUCAGGCACCUGUUGGCGAUCAACUAUUUGCUGAAACAUUUAACCGUAUACUUAAUCAACCAAAUAUUAUCAAUUAUCCAAAUGGCACAGUGUGGAAUCCUGUACAUUCAUGCCAAUCAUGGUUUCAAAAUUAUCGUAUACAACUACACAAUAAUGUGUUCAUAGCUCUUGAUUGGAACAGUCGUCAUCAUGCUGCUGCCUCACUGGGAUAUAAAGGAUCAAUGCCCGGUGCAGAUCUGUAUGAUUUUAAUGGCGGUACAUUUUCGUGGCUUGAAGAACAAUUAAAACAACUUGAAAAACAGCCUUCAACGAUUGUUCUUUUACAACAUCAGCCGUUUCGUGCACCAUUUUAUAUUCCCGGCGAAAUAUAUGCAUUUGGCGAGUCGAAACGUUUACGUAUUGAACAUUUGCUACGUCAAUUUACAUCUCUAAAUUAUUUUGGUGUUUUUGCUGGCCAUUUUCAUAUGUGGUCGGAUGGAAAAGCAUUUGAUGAUAUGCCGAAAUUUCGACAGUUUGAAACUGAUGCAUGUAAAGUUGCACAAGCGAUUGCUCUAGUUACAGCGAAUAUUAAAACUGGUGAAAUUGUGAAAAUCGAAAAAAUGUACGGCGAUGAACCAACUUUACAAAAACGAUUCACUGAUAAUACAUAA